ACCACUUUGCAUGCCUAGCAACAAAAACACCUAAGGAAAGGAAAGAGGCCUGAGAUAAGGCUGGGAACUUGUUUAAUAGCUGCUGAUGUCCCUGCUGAUGGCGCUGCUGCUCUCCUAAUUGACAUGGGCUAUGACUGAAUAGGACUGAAGUAAAGAAGAGAAGCUUAGAUAAGUUCCUGAUGCUUAAAGGAAACACCUGCUGUUGUAUCAAGAGGAAGGAAACUCCGAUUUGCUGCUCCUGGCUUCCUGCAGGAUGACCUCGGCUGCUCUGAAUCUAGAAGAAGCUCUCCAGGAUGAAGUCAGCUGUCCUGUUUGUCUAGAUUAUUUUCAGACUCCAGUGAUGAUCAUAGAUUGUGGGCACAACUUCUGCCGUGACUGCAUCACCCGGUGCAGGAAAGGACAAACUUCCUCCAAAUCUUCCUGUCCACACUGCAGGAAGCCCUUUUCCUGGCAAAACCUCCGGCCAAACAGGCACCUGGCAAAUAUUGUGGAGCUGGCCAAACAGUUCAACAAGUGGAAGGCAAAUGGGACAGGGGAGCAGAAGCUGUGCAAGAAGCACCGGCAGCCCCUGGAACUCUUCUGUGAAUUGGAUCAAGCCCCCCUCUGCAGGCGGUGUGAUAUAUUCAAUGCGCAUAGGGACCACCCUGUACUUUCCAUAGAAAAAGCUGCUCUGGUUUACCAGGCUAAAAGUCAUCGCUAUUUGCAAAUGUUGAAAGAAGAGAGAGAGGCAGUUAUGUUACUAAAAUCAGAUAGGGAGAAGUCAACUCGGGAAUUGCUGAGUGAAACAGAAGCUGAGAGACAGAAGCUUGUGUCAAAAUUUCAGCAGCUGCACCAUCUUCUUGAACAACAAGAACAAAUCCUUUUGGACCAAUUGAAAGAUCUGACGAUGGAGGUUGAAAAAAAGAAGGAAGAACACGCAACUAAAUUUUCUGAGGAGAUCUCUCAUCUCGGUGCCCUUAUCAAUGAAACUGAUCAGAUGAGCCAGAAGUCAGCAAAUGAACUCCUGUGGAACCCUGGAAACUUCUUGAACAGACCCAAGAAGAGGAAGUUUCAGCCUCCUGCUGUGUCUGAUUCAUCAGAUCUCAGGAAAAAGCUCAAGAAGUUCUCCAGACAAAGCACAUCAUUGCAAAGUGUUCUGAAGAAAAUCAAAGAUAACCUGUCUGAACUAAAGUGGGUAGAAGAAAAUGUAUUGUUGGCUCCAGAAACAGCCCAUCCCCAAUAUAUUGUGUCUGCAGAUCGGAAAUGUGUAAGAUGCAGAGAUAUCCUUCAGGAAUUUCCCUCCAGCUCAAAGAGAAUUGGAAAUUUUCACUGUGUACUUGGAAUGAAGGGAUUCAUCUCCGGAAAACAUUAUUGGAAGGUCAAUGUAGGCCAUGGGAAAAGUUGGGCUUUAGGAGUAUCUGUGGAGAGAAAAGGAGAUGUCUGUAUUAUUCCCAAGGAGGGGAUCUUUGCUCUGGGGUGUCAGAAUGGUUCCUAUGUAGCAUUCAGUUCCCAAGUCACUCCACUAUACCUGAACAACAACCCAGAAGAGAUCAAGGUUUCUUUGGAUUAUGAAGAAGCAACAGUGUCAUUUUGUGAUACAUAUGACUACCGUGUUCUUUAUAUGUUCCAAUCUGUCAAUUUUAAAGGUGAGAAAAUCUUCCCUUUUUUCCAAGUUGCAGAUAUGGGCACAAUUCUCAGUUUACAUUAAAUGUCUGGUUAUCUGUGGGA